AUGCGUUCCUUCAACACUUUGUUUCUGGCCCUUGCCAGCCUUGUGCUGGCCGUGCAGGCCGCGUACUGGAUGGAACAGAUCCCCCACCAGGGUCUUGCUCCGUACGCAGGUAACGGCUACACGGUGUUUAGGAAUGUAAAGGACUACGGCGCUCGAGGUGACGGUGUUACAGACGACACUGCUGCCAUCAAUGCUGCCAUCACUGCUGGUGGCAACCGUUGUGGGAGGAAUUGUGCUUCUGCUACCACCACUCCGGCCGUGGUAUACUUACCAGCGGGCACAUAUCUCAUCUCUUCUUCCAUCAUCCCAUACUACUUUACUAUGCUCAUUGGAGAUGCCACAAGCCCUCCGACCCUGAAGGCCACCGCCAACUUUGCAGGAUUUGGUCUGAUUGAUGGCAACCCCUACUGGACGGAGAACCUGAAUUGGGUUUCCGUAAACAACUUUUACCGCCAGAUUCGCAAUCUUGUCAUCGACACGACAAACGUGGCCCCCGGGACAGCAUGUACCGGUAUCCACUGGCCGACUUCACAGGCCACAAGCCUGCAAAAUGUCAAGUUCAACAUGCCCACUGCCGCCGGUGUCGUGCACGUUGGUCUGUUCAUCGAGUCUGGGAGUGGUGGGUUCUUGUCUGACCUGACCUUCAAUGGUGGUGCGACGGGUGCCUCCAUCGGUAACCAGCAGUACACCAUGCGUAACUUGGUAUUCAACAACUGUGUCACGGCCAUCAUCAUGCUGUGGGACUGGGACUGGACCUUCCAGGGUCUGAGCAUUAACAACUGUGGAACUGGUAUUGACAUGUCCGCUAGUGGCGGCUCUGGCCAGCAGGUGGGCUCCAUCAUUGUGAUUGACAGCACCUUCACCAAUGUCCAGGUCGGCGUAGUCACGGCUUAUACGACUGGUGGGACCCCCGACGCCGCUGGCAGUCUGAUCUUAGAGAAUGUCGCCCUUUCCAACGUCCCCGUCGCGGUCAGGUCAGGCGGAGCCACCGUCCUAGCCGGCACUACAGGAACAACGACAGUCGCAGCAUGGGGCCAGGGACACAGCUACACAUUGAACUCGGGUAAGGUUGACUUCCAAGGGAUCAUCACUCCCAACUCUCGACCGGCGGCACUCGUGGGAUCCGGCAACAGGUACUACACCCAGGCUAAGCCACAGUACGAGUCGCUCAGCGCCAGUAGCUUUGUCAGUGUCCGUAGCACUGGCGCGGUUGGCAACGGCGCGACCGACGACACCGCCGCCCUGCAGCGGGCCAUCGACACGGCCGUCGCGUCCGGAAAGGUGGUCUACAUCGACUACGGCCUGUACCUGAUCACCAGCACCCUCCGGAUCCCGCCCGGAUCCAAGAUCGUCGGCGAGACGUGGCCCGUGAUCAUGGCGACGGGCAGCUACUUCGGCAACAUCAAUGCGCCGCAGGUUGCCGUGCAGAUCGGGACGAGCGGCCAGAGCGGCUCGGUUGCCCUGAGCGACUUCGUCGUGGCCAGCAAGGGCCCGGCCCCCGGCGCCACGCUGAUCGAGUACAACCUGGCCAGCCCCGCGGGGCAGCCCAGCGGUCUCUGGGACGUCCACGUGCGCGUCGGCGGCUUCACGGGCUCGGACCUGCAGGUUGCGCAGUGCGAGAAGACGCCUGGGUCUUCGAACAUCAACAACGCUUGCAUUGGUGCUUAUAUGAGCAUGCAUGCCACCAAGGGUAGUGGUGGGUUGUAUAUGGAGAAUGUGUGGCUUUGGGUCGCCGACCACGAUAUCGACGACACAGUGGACAACACGCAGACCAACAUCUACGCCGGCCGCGGCCUGCUGAUCGAGUCGACCGCGGGCCCCGUAUGGCUCGUCGGUACCGCCGUGGAGCACCACACGCUGUACAACUACCAGCUGUCAGGCACCAAGAACGUCUACGCGUCACAGCUGCAGACCGAGACGCCCUACUUCCAGCCACACCCGAACUCGCUGUCACCCUUUGCACCCAACUCAGCGCUCGGUGACCCGACGUUUGACUGCACGGGCGUCAGUGGCAACUGUGCCAUGUCGUGGGGCCUGCGGAUCGUGGGGUCUUCUGAUGUUUUCCUGUACGGGGCUAAUCAUUAUUCUUUCUUCAAUGAUUACUCGACGACCUGCUCGACCUUCGCAGCCGGCCAGACGUGCCAGGCCAAGAUCGUUGGCCUCCAGGGAGCCAACAGCAACAUCAACAUCUUCAACCUCAACACGAUCGGGUCGAUCAGCAUGCUGGAUAACUCCGGGACGACGGUGGCGCGGUUCUCGGAUAAUGUAAAUGUCUAUCCUAGUACCAUUGCCAUGUUCAGGCUUGGCUAG